UUUUUACGUCGUCGUCGAGGAAAAAAUCUCAGCGAUUUUUAGACAGUCGAAGAAGUAUUCCAUUCUUGUAUAUAAAACAGAAUCGAAGAGAAUACUUAGUCAAGCAAGCUAUGAGUGACGUGGAAAAUCCGUUCCAGCAGUUAGAGGCUGCAAAAAAGCAGCUUAUUAUGGAGUUUAAAGAAAAUGCAAAGUCCGCUCAAGAAUUAGAAUUUUGGAAUAGAAUGGAAAUUGUAAGAGAGAAUUAUCGACAGUUACAAGAGGACAGUUCAUCAGAAGAUACGACAGAUGAAGAGCAAGUAGAUGAAGAAAAUCUGAAUACAGACCAGAAAACAAAUGAAAAAGUACCAGAUACAGCUUCAGAUGAAGAAACAACACAAAAGAAGUCAGCUGCCGGCGAAAGAAAAGACGAAGAAAAGGGUUUAAAAGAACAUACAGUAACAUUCCAAAUACCUGAGAUGGAACAUGGAGCAGGGGGUGAUACAUCUUUGCCUCAAAAGAAAUUUAUAUUCCAGAAUGAUAGCAUGGAGCAGGACUUCAGUCAUAACGCUACCAGAUGUGAAUCCCUGAUCAAUUUUUUUGAAAACAAAGAUAGCAAUGGACUGGGAGCUUUACAGUUGACAGAAGAAAAACUUGAAAUAGUUGAACAGGAUUACAAAAAAGUAUCUGCUGAAAAGGUCAAUGGUCACAAGGUUGGAAUCAAAGAUCUCUUCAAAGCAGCAAAGAAAACAGCAAAACUGGAAGCAAAGGAAUCUGAGAAGAAAAGAAAACUAAAAGAAACAGAAUCAAAGAAGAAACGAAAAAUGGAAGCCCGGGAGUCUGAGAAGAAAAGAAAACUAGAAGAAAAAGAAUCAAAAAAGAAAAUGAAAAUGGAGGCUCGAGAAUCUAAGGAGGAAAGAACAAGAGAAGAAAAGGAAUUGAAGAAGAAAAGGAAAAUUGAAAUAAAGAAAGCUAAGCAGCAAAAGAAGCUUGAAAAAGGUGUAUCGAAUGAAAAGGGGAACUUAAAAGAAAACGAGUCCAAGGAAAAAGGGAAAGGAGAAACAAAAUCAUCCAAGGAAAAAAUGAUAUCGGACGCUAAACAAUCUAAGCAGAAAAAAGAAACCGAGCAAAAUGAAUCUAAGGAAAAAAGGAAACCAGAAACAAAAGACAAAAAAGAGAAAGAAGAACAUAAAUCUAUCAAGGAAAAAAAUAAUAGAAUAGUUGAAGCCAGUGAAUUUGACGGGAAGCGCAAGCCUGGAGCAAAAGAAACUAAGCAAAACGGAAAACUUAAAUCAAAGGAAUUUAAAGAAAAAAUGGUUACAGGGGAAACAAAACCAGUGACUAAACCUAAGCUGAUCGAUUUUGUCAGAAGCCUUGUUGGAUUCAUUCGGAUCAAAUAUUAAAACCUUCAGUCAAAGCCUGCUACAAUUAUAUGUGUUGAACAGUUUCAUUCGUAGUGUCUCUGCAUUUGUUUAUUUAUGAUUUUUUUUAUUUCCUGCAUAUGUUUAUUUAUGAUUUUUUUUAUUUCCUGCAUUUGUUUAUUUAUGUUUUUUUUUCCUAUGAGAUUUUUUGAAAUAAAGAUAUC